AAAUAUGCCAGGCAGAUAAAUGAACUGCACUAUCUAAAAUUCGAAGUGUGUGCGCCAAUGAGCUUUAGCAAAUAAACAACAAACACAAAUUCAUGCUCUUACAAAAGGUAUAUCAGGUUAUUACACCAGGGCUAUGUAAAAUGACUCAUACAACUAUAAUCCUCCACAAUACUAAUUGGGGGGAAAAUAUAAGCACUCCAAUAAGAGUAUAUAUAUUAUACAAAAUUAACACCCCAAAGCAUUACUAUUAGCUCAAUAAAAUAACAAGCAGCGUGUAGAACAAGCUCUAGUGGGUAAUGCUUUGGUUUGAACUUAUGAUAAAAAGAAUAACAAUAGCAAUUCCACCACCAAACACUGAACCACACAUCCAAUCCACUCUGCACUAAAUUUCAGACAAAAAGGAAUUGAGUUAAUUGUAUUUCAGGCCUCCAUCUAUAAGUUCCGUAAUAUCAAAAUAGGACAGGAAAAGCAUGGAAGAACAGUUCUCCAUUUUUAACCAAAUGAAAAUUUCUAGUACCGCAGCAUAUAGAAUACAGAUCACGCGCCAACCAAUCAAGAGAGAUAAUCCAGUACUACCCACCUGCAUGAUGGUGUGCUGUGGUCCGGCACCUCAAGCGAAUGCUGGCAACUCCGGAUUUAGAUGCGUGACUAGAAGCAGCGGAGGACCCAGUGAAGAAGAUUGGGUGCACACCCUAUAAUAAAAAAAGUUAUACCUGGCGGUGCUCGCCGCCGAAGAAGACCUGGCGAAGGGUCUGACGGAGACCUGA